UAUUAAAAUAAAGAAAAAAUUGACCAUCAAUAAAGUUUCCGGCUUUCGUUUCUGUUUUUUUUCUCUUGAUUGAACCACAACAACAACAACAACAAAAAGGUCAUCAAUUUGGAAUUAUCAUGGAAUUUCGAAUGUUUUUUUUGUUGAAUUCAAAACAAACGCCAUCUAUGAACGAGUAGUCAUAAUUUCGGAUGAAAACACAACAAAAACAAUUUUUGUCAAUAAAAAAACCAAUAUUUUAUUGAUGAGGUGUUUUUUUGUUUUGUUGAUGGUUGUUUCACAUCAUCAUCAUCAUCAUUUUUUCUUGUGAAAAUGUUGGAACUAGAAGAUGAUCGCCGUAAAUUGGCCAAUGCAACGAAUAGUUUGGCUCGUCUAAAAUCAUUAUUAACAUCAUCGACAGAUAAUUGUAUGAAAAUGGUCGAAACAUUAACACAAUUUGAUGAUCGUCUGUUGAAACUAGAAGAAACAGUACAACCAGUUUAUAAGCAAACUGGUAAUCUACAACGACAACAAGAGAAUAUAAAUUCAUCAUUAAAACGGCUUGAUUAUGUUAUAAAAUUCUAUACGGUUGCUGGCGAAGUUGAACCAAAUAUCAUCAAUGGUCCAGGAUCAUCAUCAAUGUAUGGUGAAUAUAUUUCGGAUCUUAAUCGUCUUACAGAUGCUGUACGUUAUUUUGAACGUAAUAAUCGUGAAAGUCCUGAACUGAUGAAUUGUGGUAGUCUAUUGGAAAAAGGUGGACAAAUUAUUCAGAAAGAAUUUCGUCAAAAUAUGUCACGUCAUAGUGAAGAGAUAAAAAAAGUUGACAUCAUUCUCGAUAUGAUCAAAUCGAAUGGUCCAAUUAUUCAAAAACAACAACAACCACAACAACAAUCAUCGAAUGAUGAUCAAUUAUUGGAAAAAAAUCAAUCAUCAUCAUUAACAACAUCACCGCAACAAGAACCGGAUUUAUAUAAAGUGUUUAAAUUAUCUGAUCGUCGUAAUGGUGGUGGUGGUGGUAUUGGUAAUCCAGAAAAAAUUUUACAAGAUUUAAAAUUAUUAGCUGAAUGGCUUUGUUAUAAUCGUAAUCAAGAUUUUCUACUACUAUAUUCACGUUUACGAUCCGAUGUUUUAUCUAAAUCAUUGAAAAAUCUUCGAUCAUAUCUGAAAUCAUCAACACUUGGUUCAAUGAUUAAAACACUUGGUGCACAUCUAUCACCAUUGUUGGGUGGACGUAAAAAUCUUCAUCUAAUGAAACGUAUCGAUAUUUCUACAUCCACAACAUCAUCAUCAUCAUCGAUGGAUAAAGAUAAUUUAUUGGACAUUAAUAUAACUGAACCAGAAAUAUUUGCCUAUGUAUUAACAGUAACUGGUUUAUUGAAAUUGAUGCAAUUAGAAUUAUCAUUAAUCGAACGAAUAAUACCGGUGGAACAUCAGAAAACGAUAUUUUCACGUGUUAUUCUUUCAUCAUUGGAAUCAGUUUACAAUGAAGGUGAACAAUUAUCAACACGUGUAAAAAGAUCGGUACAAAAACAGGAUUUCAGUUCGGCACUAUUUCUAUUGCCCGUACUACGUUAUCAUGCAUAUAUGCGUCAUUCAUUCGAUUUGCUGUUGGAUGGUUGUGAUCCACAAGUAUCGAAUCGAUUACAUUCACUUGUUGUUACAUUACAGACAACCAUAUCGAAAACAUUGGAAGAAUUUAUUGAAUACAUUAAAUGUGAUCAACAUCAUCAUCGUGUACCAAAAGAUGGUACUGUACAUGAAUUAACAAGCAAUGUAAUGCUAUUUCUGGUACAUUUACAAUCAUAUUUGGAUAUAUUAUCACGUGUAGUAACGGUGACUGAUAUACAAUCAUUAGAAUUAUCUGGUGAUAAAAAUCGUAUCGCAUUUGCACAAUAUAUUUGGCGUGUACUAUCGGCAAUGGGUCUUUCAUUACGUAAACGUUCUGAAUCAUAUCAUAAUGAUCAAGCAUUACAAUCAUUAUUUUUAUUGAAUAAUACAUUCUAUAUAUUGAAAACAUUGACAACCAGUUCAUUACUAUCGAUUGUAUCAUUAUAUCGUUCGAACAUACGUGAUGAUUAUCAAAUACAGAUUCGUGAAUUUAAAAUGGAAUAUUAUAAAUGUUGGAAUAAAGUUGUUCACUAUAUUGAUGAAAUAAAUAAUCCGACAAUUUUAUCACCACAACGUACGGGCACAAUGUCAUCAUCAUCAUCAUAUUCAACAUUGUCAAAUUCACAUUCAUCAUCAUAUAGUUUAUCUGGUAUAUCGUCAUCAACCAUUAGUGGUCAUCAUCAUCAUCAUCAUCAUACACAACCAAUGAUGAUGAUUCGAUUGAAGGAUAAAGAUAGACAAAUUAUUAAAGAUAAAUUUGCUGGCUUCAAUAAAGAAUUUGAACAAGUUAUACAAUCACAUCGUUCGUAUGCUAUACCUGAUCGUGAUCUACGUGAAGAGAUUAAAAAAGAAUUAAUUCAAUGGUUAAAUCGUAUCUAUUUUCAAUUCUAUGAACGUUAUGUUGCUGUAGAAUUUACGAAAAAUGUUCAUAAAUAUAUUAAAUAUACACCGGAUCAUGUAUCACAAUCGAUUAGUUUGUUAUUUGAUGAAUUGGCUUGAAUUGAAUUGAUGAUUAGAAAAAUUGUAAAUUUUUAAUUAU